GAGUGGGAGGGAGAAGCGGCGCAUCGCAUUCAAGUCGCACGCGCGUGGAACACUCGGACCGGUUAUCGCCUUCAGUUGGCUCGUGGCUCGUGCGGAGCUCGGUCGAGAGGCGUCGUAUCGUCCGUUGCUCGCUCGGUCCCGUCCUGUUUUCUGUGCUCCGUCUGUCGUUAUCGUCGUCGUGUUUUCUUUUUUUUUUUCCCCUCCGUCGUGAUGUGCCUAUGACGAGGUGAUGAACGGCCGGCGUCGCAGUGUCGAGCGGCGUAGUGACAGUGUUCGUCGUCCUGCCGAUGGACGAUGACGAUUAACGAAGCGGACAGCAGCAUCGUGGCGAUCGUCUGUGGACGCGCGAGGGAAAACAGUGUGCUCCACAUGUGAUCUCUAGUGUACUUACUUGUAUUUUCGCACAUAUAUAUAUAUAUUAUAUUGCAUAUGUAUAUGUUAUCGUAUGUACAUAAAUUUGUACACGCGACGCGCACGGCGUGCAUUCUUGGAUUACUUCCUUCGCGGAGGAUCCCGGUUUCAUGGUCGUCCCCGAUCUCGCAUCCCAGGAUAAUGCGAUGUUGUAGGCGUCACGCACUGCGCCAAUAAGCCGUGCGUUCGCAUUUACCACGUUGAAGGCUGGUCGUCGUGUAUAGAGAGAGAAAGCUUUUUCUCCGAGGAUUGGCGGUGAUACGAUACAAUCAACAACGGCGGCGAUCGGCGUCGGGGUGCAGCCGUUAUCAUCCGGCUAUCAUAGCACAGUGCCACCCCAAAACGGGAGGGGUGGUUCGCCACUUCGUGUCGCGGCGAUGGUAGCAGCUGCCUCCGCUACGGCCACCGCCACUGCCAGCGUGGUGGCCAUGCAGGACCGCCAGGAUAUCCCCGCGCAAUUUAAUCAAAUGCAGAGCCAACAUGGAAUGCCCCCCCAACCGUACAAUUUGGGGUACGGCCAAAGAGGACCAAUGGCAGGAAUGGGGCCAGUCGCGAUGAACAACUUUAACGGCAUGGGCACGAUGAGCCCAAUGCACACUAUGAAUUCCAUGAAUUCGAUGAACAGUAUGAGUGGCAUGAACUCGAUGAAUCCUAUGACAAUGGGAGGCAUGAACGGCAUGAAUAGUAUGAAUGCUAUGAGCGGAAUGACACCCAUGAACUCCAUGAGCAACAUGGGUAACAUGGCCAUGAACAACAUGAUGGGACCCAACAACAUGCAAAUGAACAAGCUACAGGGUCAGCCACAUCAAGGCUACCCGCGAAGACUAGCGCCGUAUCCGAAUCCGAGCAUACACAUGGCGCAAAAGCGACAGCAGGUUCCAUACCCGAAUCAGAACCCAGCGGCUAUGCAGCAGAGCUUCAACGGCAUGACGGCGUCGCAAUAUCCAAGCAACUAUCCUAAUGCGGUGAGGCCGAAUUUCCAGCAACAGUAUCAGCCUAUGCAAAAUAUGCAUCCCACGGCGGCUGGUUUCGGACCCGGCGCAAUGAUACGAGCGACGAAUAUGAGGCAAACAGCGCCGGCUUACAAUACCACGUCUCAGACUACCGCGAACCAAUAUAACUACGGCAAUAACGGUGUUCCCGGUGUUUGCAUGAUUCCACCCACCUCCGUCGGCAAUCAGUUCGUCGGUCAUCAACCGAACACGGGAUACGGCGGCGGCAACGCGUCGUACGGCGCGUCUACCGUAGCGACCAGUCAAUAUCAGCAGGAUGUAGCGUCAAUGAGAUCGACGAAUGGGGGCAAUGUGAAUUAUCAGCACAGUCCCAUUCCCGGCAAUCCGACACCUCCGUUAACACCCGCCACCAGCAUGCCGCCUUACAUCAGUCCAAAUCCGGAUAUCAAGCCUAAUUUCAAUGAAAUAAAGUCGCCGGUCAACAUUCAAAAUAAUGAUGAAUUGAGACUAACAUUCCCAGUGAGAGAUGGCAUUAUUCUUCCGCCCUUCCGUCUAGAGCACAAUUUGGCUGUUAGCAAUCACGUGUUUCAACUGAAACCCACGGUACAUCAAACGUUAGCGUGGCGGUCGGAUCUUGAGCUGCAGCUCAAAUGUUUCCACCAUGAAGACAGGCUAAUGAAUACCAAUUGGCCGGCAAGUGUGCAAGUCUCCGUUAAUGCGACUCCUCUCGUGAUUGAUCGCGGGGAGAACAAGACUUCCCACAAGCCUCUCUAUCUGAAGGAUGUUUGUCAGCCAGGAAGGAACACAAUACAGAUUACCGUAUCUGCAUGCUGUUGUAGAUGUGAAGAACACUUUUUACAGUCGCAUCUAUUCGUACUUCAAUUGGUGCAUCGGCCUAGUGUACGAAGCGUAUUACAUGGAUUACUACGUAAAAGGCUCUUGACAGCAGAGCAUUGUGUGACGAAAAUCAAAAGGAAUUUUAAUAAUACAUUGACGAACAAUGGUAUACAGUCGGAGAAAGAUGUAGUGGAACAAACAGCACUAAAGGUACCUUUAAAAUGUCCUAUCACUUUCAAACGCAUUACACUGCCAGCUAGAGGACACGAGUGCAAGCAUAUACAGUGUUUCGAUUUGGAAUCAUAUUUGCAAUUAAACUGUGAACGAGGCAGCUGGAGGUGUCCAGUAUGCACGAAACCUGCACAGCUAGAAGGCUUAGAAGUUGAUCAAUAUAUGUGGGGUAUUUUGAAUACAUUAAAUACUGCGGAAGUUGACGAGGUAACGAUAGACUCGCUCGCUAAUUGGAAACCCGCAAAGAACUUAACGGGCAUUAAGUCCGAGGAAGAGAACGAUUGUAAGAGAACGACCAAGGCUAUGUCGCCAGGCAGUAUGAAUAUGCCAACUAUGAACAAUUGGGACAUGAAUCAAGCUAUGAGCCCCUACAUACCGCCCGAUAUGAACAGUAUCGUAAGCGGUUCGAUGAUGAACAAUGCAUCUUCCACGUAUGCGAAUAAUAGCAUAAAUCAUCGGAACACGUCGGGUGGAACAUACGAGAUAAAUUCUGGAACAAAUACUAUCGGCAAUAAUGAUUAUGUCAGUGGAACGGGUCCACUGUCGCACUUAAAUGAAUCCGUUAAUUCCUUAGAUCCUCUCAAUGCUAUGGAAAAGUCGCUCAACGAUCAGAUGCCACAUACUCCACAUACGCCGCAUACUCCGCAAUCGACCCCUCAUACGCCGGCUGGUGGAGCCAGUGGUCCGCCGAGCGUUCCACCUGCAUCGCAAGAAUCCACAGGAAAUCAUAACACUUCUGGCAAUACGAAUAUAAAUAAUGAUACCACGACCGACAUACCAUCAGAUUUAAAUUUCGAUCCCGCUGCAGUUAUAGACGGCGAAGGUACCGGCCAAGAAGCGUUAAAUCUCUUGCCAGAUAAUGUGGACGCAAUGGAACUACUCUCAUAUCUAGAUCCACCGGAUCUCAACACUCCGCCUAGUAGUGGCGCUAGCAGUGGUAACCCUUCGUCCAGCGAUGACAUAUUGGCACUCUUUGAAUAAGGAGAAAAAGAAGAGAAAAAAGAGGCGAGUGGAUAACUUGUAAAGAUGUACUCGUAAUCAAACUAUGACCCCUUUUUGUAAGUGAUGAAAGAGUCGGUAAUUCACUGCAAAUUCGGGCUAUCUUUGUGCACAUUUGUCAGAAUUCUAUCAGUUCAAACGAAUUGCGCAAAAUACCUAAUUUCUAACUUCUCUCUGAUACGGGAAAGGAUUAUUCGGAAGUCUAUUAGAUGUGAGCAUUUGCGGUGAAGAAAUUUAAGUUUUAUCGGGGUCACUAGGUGCUCUCACCUAAUCAAUGGUACAAAUAAUCUUAGUUAUAAUUAUAAUAUUCCUAUUGAAAUUAAGGUUAAAGUGCUAGGAUUAAAGAAACGAUUUUUAAUAAUAAUAUGAUAAAUACUAUACUAUAGUUGCGAUAAAGAUAUUAUUGCAUA